AGGUAUCUUUCUUUUUGAAUACACGUCGCUCCAGAAAGUUAGAGAGAGAGAGAGAGAGAGGAAUAUAUACUGAAAGUGUGGUAUAUAUCCUUUUCUAAGUUUUCCAUUGGAGAAGAAAAUCCGAGCUGUAUUUUUGAAAUUUGGUAAGGAAUUGCUGGCUAUUUCUACUCUUGCCCUGUUUGUGCCGUUUCCGACUGGAAUUGUCAGUUUUCCGGCUGCCGAAAAGAUGGGGCGGACUUCGAGGUGGUUGAGGAGCUUGUUCGGUGGGAAAAAGGAGAAGGAGAAGGAGAAUUCGAGUUCCGGCGACCGGAAGGAGAAGAAAAGGUGGAGUUUUGGUAAGUUGGGCCGGGAUUCCGGCGAGAUUCCUGCUACUUCCAACGUUCCGGCAGCGGAGGCGGCUUGGCUGCGGUCGUACUAUAACGAGACGGAGAAGGAGCAGAAUAAGCACGCGAUCGCAGUGGCUGCGGCGACGGCUGCUGCUGCUGAUGCUGCUGUUGCUGCUGCUCAGGCAGCAGUGGCGGUCGUGAGGCUUACGAGCCAUGGUAGGGGGACAAUGUUCGGAGGCGGGCGGGAGCGGUGGGCUGCGAUGAAGAUCCAGACUGUUUUCCGGGGGUUUUUGGCAAAAAAAGCUCUCCGAGCCCUCAAAGGACUGGUGAAGUUGCAAGCUCAUGUUCGAGGUUAUCUAGUGCGAAAGCAGGCCGCUGCAACUCUACAGAGCAUGCAAGCUCUUAUACGAGCUCAGGCAACUGUCCGAUCUCAGAAAGCCCGCAUCCUUCUCAACAAAGACCGUAGGUUUCCGCCUGAAAUCCGGCCACGUAAAUCCAUUGAAAGAGUCGAUGAGACGAGAAGCGAGCACACAGCAUCAAUCCACAGUAGGAGGCUCUCAGCAUCCCUUGAAACCUCAAUUAAUGCCUUGGAUGAGAGCCCAAAGAUCGUUGAGAUUGACACUUACAGACCCAAAUCAAGAUCUCGUCGAACCAACGCUUCAAUGUCGGAUUGUGGCGAAGACCCACCUUCCCAAACACUCUCCUCCCCACUUCCAGUCCAAGUCCCCGCCCGUCUCUCCAUCCCCGACAGCCGGAAUUUCCCCGACUUCGAUUGGGGGCUGAUGGGUGACGAAUGCAAGUUCGCCACAGCGCAGAGCACUCCACGAUUUGCGAAUUCCGGCGCGUCGAAUGUGGGGAUGCCCGUAACGCCAGCGAAGAGCGUGUGUGGAGACGGAUUCUACCGGCAUUACUCGAAUUAUCCCAAUUACAUGGCAAACACGCAAUCUUCAAGGGCUAAAUUGAGGUCGCAUAGUGCUCCGAAGCAACGGCCGGAACUGGGGCUGAAGAAGCGGCUCUCUUUGAAUGAAAUAGUGGCAUCGAGGGCUAGUCUAAGCGGCGUCCGGAUGCAGAGAUCAUGCUCCCAAAUUCAAGAAGUCUUCAGUUUCAAGAAUGUUGUAAUGGGAAGGCUGGAUAGAUCAGUUGAGCUUGUUAGAGAUGUGGAGAGAGAUUACAUGGAGAGGAGAUGGUGAAACAUGAGAUAGAGAGAUUCUUCUCUUUUGCUUUGCUUUGAUUGAUGAUCCUAUUGUAAGAAAGAAGAAGAAAAUGAGAAAAGAAGAACAGAAAAGCUUUUUUUUUUUUUUUUUUAAAACCCCUUUUUUUGUAAGUGUAACUUCUCGGAAAAACAGCAUCUGAUUUGAAUC